ACUGGACAGAAGUGACUUGAUAAGGAAUCAACUGUCAACAAAACAUAACGAAAAAUAAACUCAACCAUCGUUAAAACUUGUUAGCUAUUAUAAACAUGUAGGGCAGCCUAAUCGUAGAAAACGUAUUCAUUGUAAGCAUAUUUCGAAUGAUUUAAUAUGAUAAUCAGUACAGCCGGGAUUCGCCGCCGAAACUUGCAUUGUGUAAUGGUGUUUUCAGAAUAAAGACGCGUCCGUGUUUCACCAUUAUAUUCAUCGCGAUACUGAUAACGGAAUACGGAUAACCAAACAAAUGACAAAUAUGCCAACGGAGAACUGAUAAAUUACAAUCCAACCAAAUAUUGUUGGAAGGAACUUUUGAAAGUGAUCGGGAAAUAAACUUUUUUUUAAACAUGUUUUAUUGAAGUUAAAUUAGUGAACUGUAUUUUUUCUCAUAAAACACUGGAGCAGUAAGUUCAUCACACUAAUCAUAACAAAAUCUCAUCAUUGUCAUCUAAUUUUGUCAAUCAUUUGUUUAUAUUUAUAUCAGUACUAAUAUGUUGAAAAUGUGCACUUAAAAAAAAUUCUCUUUAGAUUUAAGUGUAAAAUAUGUUUAUAUUAUGAUUUUAACAAAAAAACCAACCACAAUGAAUAGUUCAGGUCAAAGUAACGAAUCUGUAAGCAAAGUGUGUGGUGAUCUUUUAAGCAGCUCUGCCUGGAGUGCUGUCAUACAUCAACCAGCUCAUGAUUCAGAUUUAGAAGAUUUACCGUCAACAGUAGACAUGGAUGCUAUAAAAGAUCCUAUUGCAACACCUCACAAUACUAUAACUAAUCAAGUGGUUGAUUUUACCGAAUCCGAAUCAGAAUCUGAAUCAGAAUCCGAAAAAGAAAAAUAUUGUACAAAAAAAUUUGGUUACUCUUCUGUUGAUGAUGAUAAUAUUGAUGAUUCGUCUGAUACCUCAUUGUCAUCAUAUGUACCAUGGUCAAAAAGAAAAGCUUUGGACAGACAAAAGAGAAAUAAAGAUUCCAUAGAAUCACAUGAUUCAAGUUCAAGUUCUAGUGAUGAAUCCAGUUCUUCAUCUAAGUCAACACAUUUCGUUAAGCAACCUACUUACGAUGAUACUUCUAGUGAUGGUUCCAAAAAGAAAGAAUUUUGGCAAGAAGAACCGAAGAAAACUUUUUCUUCGAGUUCAGAGCUUGACAAACUUGAAAACUUAGAACCUGAACAUUUACAAGUUAUUAAUCAAGAAGACUUAGCAGAAAUUUUAUCAGAUGUUCAAAAUCAAAGUUUUUCUACAGGAUUUGAUGACGUUCAACCAAAAAAUUUAAGUGACAGUAGUGAUUCAAGUGAUAUAGAGAUCAAAGAUCGUGUUGUAAAUGAAGCAAUUGUACGUUUGAAUAACUCUUCUGAGGAUGAAAAUAAAAAACCAGCUUAUUCUUCUAAAUUGUUGAAAGACUUUGUAGAAAAAACUGAAAGUGUAGAACAGAAUUCAAAUUGUAAAACUCACUCAUUAGAAAAUAAAGCAAUUGGUAACAAAAAAAAAGAAAAUUUGAUGAAAAGAGGUAGAGGAAGACCAAAAGGUUCAUGUAAAGGACGUAAAAACUUACAAAAUAUUUUACCUAAAUUGUCAGCUAAUUUUAAACGAGGUCCAGGUAGACCAAAAAAAAUGCCUCCACUCUUAGAACCAAACAGUCCAACCAAUAAAAGUUUAAAUUAUGAUUCUCCUAAACAAGUUAAAGUUCAUAAAAAAAAGAAAAAACAUAAGAAAAAGAAGAAAAAACAUAAGAAGACAAUAAAUCCUAAAUUUGUUGCUGAAAUGGAUAAUCUUGUGAGUUUGUUUAUUCAAUGUUUGAAUAUUUCUAAAAUUUCAGAUAAUAUUAGAGGUAAAUCUAGUUCUUUGAAAUCCAAACAAAGAGAUAGAUCUAGUAAGAAAAGAAAAAUUGAUAAAACUAGUUAUAGUGAUAAUGAUAUUGAUAAAAAAAGAAAAAAAGGAUCUCCAGAUACAUCAAGAGAUUCGGAAACCACUAAUGACCAACGAUUGCCAUUAAAAAAACGACAUUAUCAUAUAACAUCUUCAACUGGUGCUGGUGUUACCUAUGUAGAAGAUGUGUCUAGAGAUGAAAAUUCUGGCAGUGAAUCUGAUAAACAGCACAAGACAGUAAAAGUAAAAUCUGAAGUCAAGAAAAAAUCAGGCUUACGGAGUAAUUCUGCUAUACCAGAAGUUAAAACCAAAGAUGGCGAAAAAAAAGAUGAACCGAAACCUAGAAAACCUCCUGCAGGAGUAUUUGUACCAACUGUUGAAAUGCCAAGUUUACAACUGAAAAAAAAUGUAGAUGAAAAUAUUGUUAAAAAAGUGAAGUCACUUAAAUCUGAUAAAGAUAGUUCUGUAGGAAAAUUGAAGAGAAGAAAAAAAUGUAUAAACCGGACUGGAUUUCCUGUCAAGAAGAAAAAGAAAAAACGUCCAGAGCUUAUUAACUUAAUGCCUAAUGAAUCAUACAUUAAACAUAAAUGUGUUGACCUGCGACCAAAAAAUGAACAGACUGAAAUUGCCCCUGAAAGAAGAAGUAGUCGUGCAGUUGUUCUUAAUAAGUUAAAAGAUAAAAAGAAAGAUGAAAAAGAAGAUAGUGAUGCAUCCAGUGUCAGUCUACCAAAAAAAAUUAAACCUGACCAAAUAGAAGUUGUCAAGGAAAUUAAUAAAGAAGUUAAACCUCAGAAGAAAAAACCUGAUAAAAAACAUUCCAUACAGUCUUGGAAUUACCGAAAGUUAAAGACAAAUGUUUAUUAUGAUUUUAAACCAAUUUGUACUUAUGAAGCCCAAGCAUGUAAUUGCAAAGUACCGAGUGUAGGUAAAGGUUGUACAGAUGAUUGUAUAAAUAGAAUGAUAUUUGUUGAGUGUUCACCUGAACUUUGUCCUUGUAUAGAUAAAUGUUCUAAUCAACGUCUUCAAAAGCAUGAUUGGGUUCCUGGUUUAGUUAAAUUUAUGACUGAAGAAAAAGGUUGGGGAAUAAAAACAACAGAAGAAGUCAAAAGUGGUGAAUUAUUAUUGGAAUAUGUUGGUGAAGUAGUAAGUGAACAAACAUUUAAAGACCGAAUGACUUCUAUUUAUAAAAAUGAUGUCCAUCAUUAUUGUUUAAAACUGGAUGGAGGAUCCGUUAUUGAUGGUCAUCGAAUGGGUGGUGAAGCAAGGUUUGUUAAUCAUUCUUGCGAACCUAAUUGUGAGAUGCAAAAAUGGAGUGUAAAUGGGUUAUUUCGAAUGGCAUUAUUUGCUCUUCGAAAUAUAAAACCUGAUGAAGAAUUAUGCUAUGACUAUAAUUUUUCCUUAUUUAAUCCAGAUGAAGGUCAGUUAUGCAAAUGUAAGUCACCUAAAUGUAGAGGUGUAAUUGGAGGAAAAACUCAAAGAAUCAAUAUAAGAUCUCCUAGUGUGGCUCAAAAUCUACCAACUAAUAGGAAUCGUUCAAGAAAAGCUGCUCCUAAUACCAAUACUUCUCCUAAAAAGUCUACUUCUAUUGUUAGUAUACAACAGAAAUUAGUAUCAAAUGCUCCUAUUAUAAUCAGUCAAGAAGAUAAAGAAUUAAUAUUUCUUCAUAAAAUAUGUUUAUACAGAAAUCUUAUGAAAAUAGAAAAAAUUAGGAAGAAAAGAAGAGGCAAAGAUAAUAAACCUAAACAACCUGAAGUAUUUAGAGCACAAAUGAAUGCCCUUACUAGCAGCUGUUCUGUAAGAACUAGACGACUAGCUACAGCUCAAAAUGAUCCAGAAAUGGAAAAAAAGGCUAAGUUAGCCACUAUAUUUAAACAACUUUUUGAUAUAAUAUGUAAUGCUAAAGAAGAAACAGGUGAAUUACUUGCUACACCAUUUAUUACUUUACCAUCAAAACGUAAAGUUCCUAAUUAUUAUCAAAAAAUACUGGAUCCUAUUGAUUUAACAACUAUUGCUAAUAAUAUUGAAAUAGGUGUUUACGAUACUGUAAUAGGAUUUGAUGCAGAUGUGUUGAAGUUACUUACAAACAAUAUAAAGUAUUAUGGGCGAACUUCGGACUUAGGGGUUAUAUCUACUCGUUUACGUAAGAUUUAUAAUUUAGCUAAAGUUGAAUUUGUUCCAAAGAUCGAAGAAAUUAUAGAAAAACCUAUUCCAGAAGCUUUUAUAGCAGAAAAAAAUAAUCCUGGUGGUGAUCAAGAUGAUGUGGUACGAUGUAUUUGUGGUUUACACGAAGAAGAAGGUUUGAUGAUUCAAUGUGAACGUUGUUUAGUGUGGCAACAUUGUGAUUGUAUAAAGGCUGAUCCUGGUAAAGUAGAAAAUUACCUAUGUGAACGUUGUAAUCAUCGAGAGGUUGACUAUGAAAUACAACUACCUAUACGUCCAAGUUAUGCUGAACCCAAAGAACUUCAUUAUUUAACGUUGAUGAGAGGAGAUUUACAAAUAAGAUUAAAUGAUACAGUUUAUGUACUUAGAGAUAUUGUAAAUCCAGAUAGUGGUAAAUCUCAUUCUUAUAAAACUAUAAAAAAUUUCAAGUAUUCAGAUUGUGAUAUAUUUAGAGUAGAAAGGUUAUGGAAAAACGAAUCUGGUGAACGUUUUUCAUUUGGUCAUCAUUAUCUUAGACCACACGAAACAUAUCAUGAACCAACACGAAAAUUUUACCCUAAUGAAGUGGUUAGAGUCCCUAUCUAUGAAAAGAUAUCAUUAGACCUUAUUAUGGGUCGAUGUUGGGUUCUUGAUCCUUCUACAUAUAGUAAAGGAUAUCCUAUUGGCUCUGAACAUAAACAUCUUUAUAUAUGUGAGUACAGAGUAGAUAAAUGUGCAAGAAUGUUUGCUAAAAUUAACAAGUCAAAAAAUCCCCCAAUUUGUACUAAAAGCUAUGCUUUUGAAAAAUAUGAUAAGAAAUUAAAAUUAGCAAGAACAUUUGCUCCACAUGGACUUAUGGUAAAAGUAACUAAUAGUUCUACAACACCUCGACCACGACAAACAGAAACUAUACAAACUUCCAAAAAAUUAUCAAAAGCUCAAUUUUCAAUGAAAAAGCAAAGAUUGGACACACUUUUAAUUAAAUUAUUAUCCAAUAUGCCAGAAGAAGAAAAAAUUGAUAUUACAUAUUUACUUGAACCUGGUAGAAGACACAGAAAAAAACCUUCAUUUUUAGAACUGUAGUAAUUAUGAGUUGAUAACUAUAGUGAUUUAAUUAAAUUUGUGUCAUAAUACUUUUAAAU